CAGCUGCUCCCUGGGAACAACUUCACCAAUGAGUGCAACAUUCCCGGCAGAUUCAUGUGCAGCAAUGGGCGCUGCAUCCCAGGUACCUGGCAAUGCGAUGGGCUGCCCGACUGCUUCGACAAGAGCGACGAGAAGGAGUGCCCCAAAGCUAAAUCAAAAUGCGGCCCGACCUUCUUCCCCUGUGCCAGCGGUAUCCACUGUAUCAUCGGCCGCUUCCGGUGUAAUGGGUUCGAGGACUGUCCUGACGGCAGCGAUGAAGAGAACUGCACAUCCAAUCCUCUGCUAUGCUCCACUGCCCGCUACCACUGCAGGAACGGCGUGUGCAUCGACAAGAGCUUCAUCUGCGACGGGCAGGAUAACUGUCAAGACAACAGCGAUGAGGAAAGCUGUGAAAGUUCUCAAGAACCAGGCAGUGGACAGGUGUUUGUGACCUCCGAGAACCAGCUGGUAUACUACCCCAGCAUCACCUACGCCAUCAUCGGCAGCUCUGUCAUCUUUGUGUUGGUGGUGGCCCUGCUGGCACUCGUCUUGCAUCACCAGCGGAAGCGGAACAAUCUCAUGACGCUGCCUGUGCACCGGCUGCAGCACCCCGUGCUGCUGUCCCGCCUGGUGGUCCUGGACCACCCCCACCACUGCAACGUCACCUACAAUGUCAACAAUGGCGUCCAGUAUGUAGCCACCCAGGCUGAACAGAAUGCCUCCGAAGUAGGCUCCCCGCCUUCCUACUCACAGGCCCUGCUGGACCAAAGACCUGCAUGGUAUGACCUUCCUCCACCACCCUACUCUUCGGACACUGAGUCUCUGAACCAAGCCAACCUGCCUCCUUAUCGUUCUCGGUCGGGAAGUGUCAACAGUGCCAGCUCCCAAGCAGCCAGUAGCCUCCUGAGUGUGGAAGACACUGACCAAAGCCCAGGGCAGCCUGGUCCUCCAGGGGGCACUGCUGAGUCCAGGGACUCUGUGUCCAGGGAGGGCACCGAAGAAGUAUAAAAUUCAGCUAUUCCAAAGUCCAUUAUGGGUUAGUCUGCUCCAACUUGUUCCAGUCUAACAACGUGUGAUCGUGGGAAGCUCUCUUAAGUUCCUUCAAGGAUAUCUCAAGAUUUGGGGCAGCAUCUGCCUCUCUCCCCUCAGAUCUGAGCACGUUUCAUUGGAGGAGAACCUGAACCUGACAUUUUUCCAGCCACUCAGUUGACAAAAUGCAUUGUCAUCUUUUCUAUAGAAAGAAGUCCUUCUUCCUUCAGGCCUUAAACAUCACAAGCUUACAAUUCCUGUAAUUCUGUAACUGUUGGAACCUCUCUUGUGUAUAAGUGGCAAGUUUGAAGUGGUUUUUAAGUAGUCUUUGGGGAAAACAGCAUUUCUACGGGGUCGGGGAGUUCAGGAGGGACAAGGACAUAGGAUCAAGUUCUCUUCUAGACUGUGACCUUUCAGGUUCAUUUGGAUAUUGGGGCUGGAUGAUCCCACCAGGAGCCCAUCAUUGAAUGGAGGCAGUGGCCAAACACAACUUUAGACAUGAACUAUCAACAGUGACAUUUUGGUUUCUUGAAGUAUCAGAAACCCUCUUCCCUGGAUAGAAGAAAAUUGGCCCUAGAGAUUAGUCUUAGAUUCCUCCAUUUGAGGGCUUUCUCUGGCAGUGUAGAUCAUACAACUCCCAUCUCAACCCAGACAAGAGUCCCUGUCAUGAGUUCUUAGCUCCUAACCUGCAUCCUGCCAGAGCCUGAGCCUGCCUUGGCCCCACAGUUCCUUCUCCAACUUCUGAACCGGUAUCUUCUCAACUGGCCUGCGGUGGCCAAGGGUUGAGCCAAUUUGAGUGAGCCAAAAGGUGACCUGCCCUUUGUCCAGUAAACCAUAGUUGUGGCCGUAUCUUGCUCAUCCAUGCAGCUUCCAUGUGAGGUUUUUAAGUUCCUUUAACACCUGAGAGUCUUGUUUUAUCUGUGCACUAGAACUUGAGCAUACUUGUUUCUAACAUGUUAGAGCCAAAUUCAGUACUGCAUAUACUCUUCUUCCCAGGGCCCUAAGACUAGCACCUCAAGUCAAGGUGAGAAUUAGGUCAUGCCUCUCCUAAUACUCCAGCAGAGUUUCUCCUCUGAGAGACAUGGGCAGUAGACGAUUUGGAGUCAAGAUUUUCCAUUUGGAUUUUUUUUUAAUCCCUUAGAAAUGCAUUUUAAAACAGUGUGUUUGGGUUUUUUUUUCCCCGUUCUAGU